UAUAUUCUAUGAUAUACCUUUAAACCAUUGGAAGAAAGAGAAAUGGAGGAGACUCUUUCUCUCAGUCUCAUCCACGUAAACAACUCAUUGGUUUUCACCAAUAGACUACACAUCAUCCUCCAUUUCACUGCUCUAUGUUUCUUGGUUUACUACAGGCUUUGUUUCUUCUUUCAGAAUCCACAAACCAGACGAGGAACUACUUUGUUCCCUUGGCUUCUUGUUUUUGCCUCUGAAAUCAUUCUCUCCUUCAUUUGGAUUCUUGGUCAAGGUUUCCGCUGGCACCCCAUUUCAAGAACUGUGUUUCCUGAAAGGUUACCACAGGAUGACAAGCUCCCUCUCAUUGAUGUUUUCAUAUGCACUGCAGACCCAACUAAGGAACCAACUUUGGAUGUUAUGAACACUUUGCUAUCAGCCAUGGCGCUGGAUUACCCGCCAGAGAAGCUGCAUGUGUAUGUUUCUGAUGAUGGAGGUUCAUCUGUCACCUUGAGUGCCAUGAGGGAGGCUUGGAAGUUUGCAAAGUGGUGGAUUCCCUUCUGCAUGAGAUACAGAAUAGAGUGUAGGUGCCCCAAGGCUUACUUUUCUGCUUCAGAGAAUGGUGGUGGUGAUUCUGAUGGGAGCAUUGAGUUUCUUGCAGAUAAAAAAAUGAUCAAGGAAAAAUAUGAGGCUUUCAAAGAAGACAUAGAAAGAGUAAAAGAAGACCACUCUGGAGAUACAACUGGCAUAAAGGGUCAAAAUCAUCCACCUAUUAUAGAGGUGAUACAAGAGAAUAGCAGCAGUGAAAUAGAGCAAGUGAAAUUGCCUUUCCUUGUCUAUGUUUCCCGUGAGAAAAAGCCUUCUCAUCCCCACCAUUUCAAAGCUGGGGCCCUCAAUGUCCUUUACCGUGUCUCUGCUGUGAUAAGCAAUGCUCCAUAUAUUCUAGUGCUGGAUUGUGACAUGUUCUGCAAUGCCCCAGCUUCAGCACGCCAAGCAUUGUGUUUCCACCUUGAUCCCAAGAUAUCACUUUCACUUGCGUUUGUUCAAUUUCCUCAGAAAUAUCACAAUAUAAGCAAGAAUGACAUAUAUGACAGUCAGCACAGAUCAGCAUAUAAAGUUCUAUGGCAAGGUAUGGAUGGGCUUAGGGGACCAGUAUUAUCUGGCACAGGCUUCUAUAUGAAAAGGGAAUCACUGUAUGGGAAUUACAAAAUUAAAGCCACUGACCUUGAACUCCGACAAUAUGUUGGCACAUCCAAUGGGUUCAUCAAAUCCUUAAAACAACACUGUACUCCGGAUUCAGACACUGUUGGACAUACAUUGCCUGAAGAAGAGACUUUGCUUCUGGCUUCUUGUAAUUAUGAAAUUGGCACUGAAUGGGGCAAAGAGGUUGGAUUCCUGUAUGGUACAGUAUGUGAAGAUGUUCACACUGGAUUCACAUUGAAUUGCAAUGGUUGGAAUUCAGUGUUAUGCGAUCCACCACAGCCACAGUUUCUAGGAAAUGGUACCACCAAUUUGAAUGACUUACUAAUUCAAGGCACCAGAUGGUACUGUGGACUGCUUGAUAUUGGUUUAAGCAGGUUUUGUCCUCUUAUAUGUGGGCCUCUAAGGAUGUCUCUACUUCAGAGUCUUUGUUAUGCACAACUUACAUAUUUCCCUCUUUAUUGCUUGCCCCUUUGGUGUUUAGCCAUUGUCCCUCAGCUUUGUCUAGUAGAUGGAAUUCCCUUGUACCCCAAGGUCUCAGACCCAUUUUUCUUCAUUUUUCUGUUUAUCCCUCUAUCAGCUCUCACCAAGCACUUAGUAGAAGUCCUCUCAACUGGAGGAACAAUCAGAAAAUGGAUAAUUGAGCAAAGGAUAUGGAUGAUCUCAUCCAUCACAUCCCAUCUAUAUGGAUGUUUGGAUGCUCUACUGAAGAAAUUUGGUUUAAAAGAGGCUAGUUUCUUGCCAACCAAUAAAGUGGAGGAUGAUGAACAGACUAGGCUUUACCAAAUGGACAAAUUUGACUUCAGAACAUCAAACAUGUUCCUUGUGCCAAUGGUUGCACUCCUCAUCAUCAACAUAUCUUGCUUCAUAGGGGGAAUCUACAGAGUGUUAUCUGUGGGAGAUUGGGACAAGAUGUUCAUACAGCUUUUACUUCCAGCUUAUAUCAUUGUUGUUAACUCUCCAAUCAUUGAAGGUUUGGUGAUAAGGAAAGAUGUUGGACGCAUUUAUCCUUCAACUGCUCUAGUUGUAACAUCAAAUAUCUUGGCCACAAUUAUCACUUCUACAAUCUAUUCUCUACUAAGGAAAGUGUAAAAGCCCAUUCUGUCUCUCCAAAAAUAUUCGUCCAGCUUUGCUUUUAUGCUAUAUAGUGGAGAAUAUAACUGCAUGUUGACAGUAUAAAGUGAUGUAGUUGGAUGAAAUAAAGCCAGAGACCAUUCACCCAUUAAAAAAUCUAUAUUUAAAAAUACAUAAAAAAGUAUAUUUGUCAUAUUUCUCAUUUUGUAUAAUCCAUGAGAAAAAUAAUUUGACUAUUCAUGCA